UCAUCUGCAAUCUGGUGGUUUUUCUCGUGGUUCGCCACGUAGACAAGGCGGUUCGCUCGCUCGCACCAGCUCAUCAAUUGUCCAUUCAUUUGAUUUUACAUCACGUGAUCUUUGGUUUCAACAAAUAUACACGCACGGGUUUCGCUGAAAGUGGGGAAGUCCGUGGACAUGAAUCCGGGGGUCAGAAGAGGACGGACUGAUCCGGGGCGACCGAAAAGGGAACGAGAACGAAAGAGCGGAGAGGCGCGCGCAGCGUCUCUUUCACUUCGCACACCGACACAUCAUCGUUUCGUUUCCGAGAGCCUUCCAGGCGACCUAACGCGAUUGCCGGCUGCUACGGCGAUCGGCUGCUUGACCACUCGUGUUCUCCUUACGGUGCACGGUGUCCGUCGACGAGUUUCUCGUCGAGCGUGCAGCCAGCUCGUUGUACUUCCCGCACGGGGUUUCGGAAAAGUGAAACGGAAGUGUUAUUCGUGCAGAAUUCGUGGGCAGAAGGGAUUUUUCAGCGGAUCGAUUUAUCGGUGUGUCCCUGGAAGGCCAAGGUCUUCAAGAAGCUCUGCGAACGUCGGUGCGCUUGACCGUGCGCUCCAAAGGAUUCGCCGAGUCGCGGAGCACGUUGUUUCGAUUUUAAACACGCCUUGCCUGUUUGCCGGACCACAAGGAUGAAACAGCCCCGAUAGGAAAAUGUGUCAAAUAUUGUGUAAUCACUGCAUAAUCCAAAAGGAAGGAAUUUCACAAUGAUUACAUUAAGAUUCAGAGUUUUACAGACUGCACGGUAUUUCGCAAGAGAGUCCAAUGCUCGCGGCGAGUAAAGGGAAACGAUGACAAGAUGUCGAAUGUGGAGGAUAAUUUUGUUCGUUACUAUUUGGAGAGCGAGCGUAAACGCAAACACGAACGGCGCGCAAAUCUAUUCAAAUGACGAAGACAAGAAACCGCUCGAGCCGAACAAAUAUAUUUAUUCCUGGACAGGGCCAAACGCGUUGGCCAGGUCGGCCUUGGUGGAGAGACAAGAAAGGCUGCAAUAUAAUUGCGAGCUUGAAAGUAGCGAGGUCGAUAUCGCCGAGUUAAACCCAGAAUCAUUCAGAAAUAUCCUCGUGGACGAUUUGCACGAAUUGCUCUAUUGCUACGUACCAAAGGUGGCUUGCACAAAUUGGAAGCGCGUGUUAAUGAUCGCGGCCGGGAAGUGGCCCGGUAACGAUCCUUUAGAAAUACCAGCCGACCAGGCUCAUUCCCCCGGUACUUUCCAGCGAUUGAAUAAUUACACUCUGUCCGAGAUAGAGAAGAAAUUGGCGACGUACGACAAGCUAAUCGUCGUGCGACAUCCCUUGGAGAGACUUCUAUCGGCUUAUCGAAAUAAAUUGGAGACCAAACAUGAGAAAAGUGCAAGAUACUUCCAAACGCGUUUCGGCAAAAAAAUUGUCAAGAAAUACAGGCCGAACGCGACUGAGGAGUCUUUAAGAAACGGCGACGACGUGACGUUCCGCGAGUUCGUCGAUUUCAUCACCGAUGACACCGAGAAUGGGACUCGGAACGAACAUUGGAGACCGAUAUACGAUUUGUGCCAACCGUGCACAGUUAAUUACAAUCUCGUAAGCAAGUACGAGAGCUUGGUUGAAGAUGCCACGGAAGUUCUCGAACGGAUAGGCGUCACAUCUGUGAAUUUUCCAGCUGGACCACCGAGCAACGAGCCGACGUCGAGAAAGCUGGACAGAUAUUACUCUACUCUGAGCUACAAACAACUUCGUAAGCUGGCAGAUCUGUAUAAAUUAGAUUUAAGGCUGUUCGACUACUCGUUGGAGGACGUGCUGGGAUUUUCCUUGGCUUAAGCUCGUUAAUGUUCACGUAAACAGAAGUAAAUGUAAUGUGUGAUACGAGUCAACUGUCAAACAAGUCUUACGUGUACUAAUGACCUAACGCGCUGGUCCACGCGUUGGAACGAAUAAUUAUUAUUGCAUUAUGUAAAUGCAAUAAUACAGGAAACGUUCUAAAACCUCUAAGUCGAACGACGAACUUUCUCAGCUAUUUAUUUAACUUUGUAUAGGCACAGCCUCGUACUACCUCAGGUUAAGUAACGUACAGAAUUAAGAAAAAAUCAAAACUUACUGGUACGUGAAAAUAUGUAUAUAUUGUUUUGAUCUAUUGAGGUGUAUUUAUUAUUAAACCAUGGCGAUAUUAGCAUCAUCAGCAUGAACAAGAAAUCAAAACUAGGAUGUA